GUAAGCUGUAAAAUAAAACUGUUUGUUUAUCUUGAGCAAAUAUAGUCUGUGAUCGGAAAACAUCAGGAAGAAAAAAGUUCUACAAAAAAAAAUCAUUCGCAAAGAUUUUAAAAAGAUGGAUAAUUUAAGUAACUUGGAGCAAGCUGUUAAUCUUUUCUACAAAAGUCAAUCAACCGAUCAAGCACAAUUAAAUGACUUCCUCAUCAAUCAACAAAGAGAUCCGGCGGCUUGGAGCUGGCUAUGGAGUUUUUUAGAUUUCAAUAAAUCAGUAGAAGUUCAAUUCUUUGGUGCAGUCACAUUACAUCAGAAGCUUUCAAAAAAUUGGCAAGAAGUACCACAAUCUAUGCACAAUGAGCUAAAAGAAAAAAUUCUCCAGAAAAUUGUGGAAUUCGGUGGUGCAGGAACGAAACUUGUUUUGAAUCGUCUUUGUAUGUCGUUGAGUGCUUUUAUUGUACACAUGCUGAAGGAGUGGCCAUCAGCAUUAAACGACGUUAUCAACAUGUUCCAAAAUCAGCAACUUCCAAACUUAAGUCAACAUACACAACUAUGGAUCUUGUUUGAUGUCUUGUCUGGUGUUCCAGAUGAGUCGUGUUGUAUUUUCACUUCCAUCCAAAGAGUUCAGCUUAAAAAUGAAGUUUAUAAGAAUGCAACGAUCGUCCUAAAAACAAUGGAAAAUUUUAUUAAUAUCAAAUGUGAAAAGCAUCAGUUAGAAGAUGAAGACAUUACCUCACUUCAAAACGUUGCAAAAUGUGCAACAACAUGGUUUAAAAACGGCUCGAUUCCUCUCGAUGAAUGUAUGGACAAUCUUAAUGAAGAUAUUGCUUUUGGUAUUUAUUCUUUAUUUAUAACAUCAAUUGAAUGCCAUUCUCGUACUAUUCUUGCUGGCAUUUGCGCCGAUUCACCAGAACAUCACGAGAUUUAUAUUCGAGUUGUAAAUGAGAUUCUCCUUUGCACUGAUAAGCCGGGAAUUUAUCCUGUUGAAGAAUCUUGUUCAACUCUUGCAAUGGGAUUCUGGUUCAUGCUUCAAGAUGAAAUUUUAUCGUAUGAUAAUGCAACAGAAAGAGAGCAAUGCAUUAAAGCAAUCGAACCGGUUUACGCACAUCUCGUAAAAAUUCUUGUAAGGAAAUCAAAACUUCCAGAUGAAUGCAAUGUUGGAAAAUGGAAUUCUGAUGAUCUCGAGACUUUCAGAUGUUAUCGACAAGACAUUGCAGACACGUUACUUUGUUGUUUCGAUGUGUUGCAUGUUCAAAUUCUUAAAUUACUCUCGGAGACACUCGAUGAAGGUAUUCAAGCAAUACAAGCAAAUCAUAACAAUUGGCCAAUACUUGAAGCAUCAAUUCAUGGUUUUUGUGCAAUUUCACAGCAAAUCGAGAGUGUCGAAUAUCCAGAGAUUGUAAAAUUGAUGCGAGUAUUAAACGAAAUUCCUUACGAAACGUUAAAUGAGAAACUCUUGGGAACAGCUUUGGAAACUAUGGGAGCAUACAGUGAAUGGGUCAAUGACAUUCCAAAGUAUUUACCAAGUGCCAUUGAACUUCUUGUUAAGGGCCUCGACUCUCCAAUGUCAUCUCAAGCAACAUUAGGUUUGAAAGAUCUGACAGGUGAUUGUCAUCCUCAAGAAAUGAUUCCAUAUGCUGAACCAUUGCUUGAUGCUUGUCAGCAAUCACUCUUGAAAGGACAUUUAGCACAUCCUGAAUCAAUUCGAUUGAUGUACAGCAUUGGUAACGUUUUAAGCAUGAUUUCAGCUGAGAAGAUUCCCAAUUACCUCGACAACAUCAUUUCUCCAUGCUUUAAAGAGCUACAAAUGUUCGCUGAACAUCAAAAUUCAAGUGACGGUGCAAGAUUGCGCAUAAUGUUUUGUCUUAACAUGAUUUCGACGCUUUUCUCGUCUCUUAAUGUGAAUAAAACUAAAAGACUACAACCAAUGAAUGUUGAGAAUCAACCACAACCAAUUCUAUUGAUUCUUCAGAAAACGAUGCCGAUUUUCAAACAGAUUUGCGAUUUGUACAUAAAUGACGUUGUUGUUAUUGAAAAUUUGUGUAAAGCACUUCAACAAGCGCUCAAUAAUCUUAUGGAUGACAUCAAGCCAAUCUUAAAUGAUUUAUGUCUUUUGAUUUUGUCAAUCUUUCAUAAUCGAUGCGUUCCGCCAGCGAUUGAUAUUGCUGGAUCGUGCAUUUUGAUGUUCUUUGGUGAUGAAGUUUACAAGGAACCGAUGAAGCAACUUCUUCUGCAAAUCAUCAUUUACAACUUUAACGUUUUCGAACAAACACCUCCGAAUAAAUUCUCUGAUAUAUCGGAUUUAAUGGAGUCGUUUUAUGCUUUGAAUUCAAGAAUUGUUAAAAAAAUUCCUGCUGCGUAUACACAAGAAAAUAUGGACUUUAUUAAGUUGAUGGAAUACGCCCUUAAAGGAAUAACAUUGCCUGAAACAGGGGUUAUUAAGAAGUCAGCUUCGUUUAUUGCAACAUUUAUAAAAGAAUCCCGAAAUCAUGUCAACAUGACGAACACAAUUCUCAUGAAAGGCGAAGAGAUUGUAAGAACCGUUCUACUUUGUAUUGCUGGAAUCACGCCACGUGUCAACGUCGAUGUUUUCGGUGAUGUUUUCAUUGCUUUAAACGCAAAAUAUCCAUCUGAGUUUCUAGUGUGGAUGAAGAUUCUUGAAACUCAAAGCUUCCCAACAUCUUACACGCAACACGAAGAGAAAAUUACGUUUAUGAAGAAUAUUAUUAAAGAAAAAGUCAAUAAACGUCUCGUGAACGAUCACAUUAAAAGAUUUUCAGCUAGAUGUAGAGGCUUGAUUGAAACAUCUGAUAUGUAAUUUUUACGCUUUUAAUAAUAUAAAUUUAAACAAAUUUAAUCUUCUUAAAGUUUAAUUUAUAAAAUAAAAUAAUAAUUGUGAGAAAUGUGAUAACAACAAUAGACAAAGAAAAAAAUAAUAAUAAUAAAGACAGCAUGAAAUUGACUGAACA